CCUCCUCCUCCCGGGGCGGAGGGAGGCAGCUGGCACUGCAGGCGGUGGCAGGGCGAAGCGGCUGCUCGGGGGGAGUCUGAUUUCCAGCCACGUUUAUUAAUAACCCCCCCUCCGCCCCAUGCUAAGCCCAUGUGCAGCGCAGAGCCGGAGGCGCUGGGCUCCGGGGGAGGAAGGCGUUGCCCCUCUCCAGCCGACCGGCCGUUGGGUCCGAGGCUGCGAUGUGUCAGCGCUGCCCAAAACUACCUUAUUAGGAGAGAAACCAUCGGUGAAAAUCACUUCUUUCCUUAAAGCCGUUGCUGAGAGCCGAGGGCUGCCCGUGGGUGACAGCCUGCCUCAUUCCUUGGGCAAUGACGAGACAUGAGCUCAGCGGCGGGGCCGGGAGGGACCUGAUGGCAGAGCCUGAGCCCCCUCCAGAACUACAGGAUGAAUCCAGAGGAUCCUCAGCCCCACAAGGAGAUGCAGCAGGUGCUGCUUCACAUCCAGACCCUUUGAUCAGUCCCUUAGACCCAGAUGUGGGUGCAGGGGUGACACCACAAAGCCUAGACACCCGCCAGGAGCUGCAGGCAGACAGCAAGAAUACUUCCUUGGAGCUGAACACAGAAGACACCCAUCUGGAUGAGGAUAUGGCCAGGGCCGAGAUCCCGCUGGACGUGGAUGCAGAUAGAGUAGAGAACCCAAUAGAUGGGGAUGGGGCAGGGAUCCCGCUGGAUGUGGAAGCAGGGGGGAUUCCACUGUACAUGGAGACAGAUGGGGCAGGCAUCCCAGCUGAUGUGGGUGCAGAGGGAGCAGGGAUCCCACUGGACAUGGAGGCAGAGGGGACAGGCAGUCCCCUGGAUGGGGAUGGUGAGGAGCAUCAGUGCCUCACCCUCGAAGAGCUGGGUGACUAUUUCCAGGAGUGCAUUGAAGCUGUCGAGCAGCUGGAGAAAGAAAGAGACAGCUUGAUCACGGAGCUCUCCCAGCUGCGGGAGCCGGCGCUGCAGGAGAUUCGCCAUGCCCACCAGGAGAUCCAGGCAGCCUGCCGGCUGCUGGCCAAGGUGGAGCUGGAGAGGGACAACCUGAAGGAUGAGAUCCGGCAGAUCAAGCAGAAGCUUUUCAAAGUGACAAAGGAUUGUGUGGCUUGCCAGUACCAGCUAGAGAGCCGGCGGCAUGACCUCUCCCAGCACGCAGCUUACCGUGGCGAGCUGGAGAGCCAGGCUGGGCAGCUCUCCGGAGAGCUCUCCCGGCUAAAGGAGACCUGUGAGAAGGAGAAGGAGGUUUUAAAACAACGUCUGGAGACUCCGCCGUGUCGCCAGGAUAACCUGUACCUGCAGGAGAGCCGCCGGCUCUCCAUGGAAUUCGAGAACUUCGUGGCAGAGAGCAGAAGGGGGCUGGAGGAUCACUACGAACCUCAGCUGCUGAGGCUGCUGGAGAGACGUGAGGCAGGGGCCAAAGCACUGCAGGAGAUGAAGGGGGAGAUCCAGGGGAUGAAGGAAGCUCUGAGGCCCUUGCAGGGGGAGGUCAGCCGGCUGCGACUGCAGAACCGGAGCCUGGAGGAGCAAAUUGUCCUCGUCAAGCAGAAGAGAGAUGAAGAGGUCGGGCAGUACCGGGAGCAGGUUGAGGAGUUGGAAGAUAGGCUGAAGGAACUGAAGAAUGGGGUUCAGCUCCAGCAGCGCAAGAACCAGGAGCUGGAGGAGCUGAGGAUCAGCCUCCACCAGGAGCUCUCCAUCUACAAGGGCUGCUUGGAAAUCUACGGCCACCUUUGCAAAUCAGAAGAAGAAACAGAGCAGGACUCUUAAGUUUUCCUCACUGUAGCAAAAGGGAAGGACAGAGGCACCCACAGGGGAUAGAUAUCUCCUCUUGCUGUUUAUCCUACCUGCUGUACAGCAGCUCCUGAAGUCAGGAAUACCAAUUGCUUGCUUGUGUGGAUUUCUCCAGGUGCUGCUGUUAAUUGUAUAGCAAAACUGUUUUGUUGGUUGUUUGUUUUUUGUUUGUUUUUUUUUUCCCCACAGAGGAGCAAUGAAAAUACUUGCACUGAACAAGGGACAUAUGAAACAUGACAAAUGUAGGUUUUGCUGUUUGGAAAAAUGUAUCUUGUCUUGUUCUCUGGGUGGAUCUUAUCAGCCAGCACAGGAAGAAUUGUUCUGGAAGCCAGUGGCAGGGGCAUUGGGUUUUAAAAGUUUACAUGCAAGAGAAACUUCAUCCUUUUAACAGGAUUUUCUUUUGUAUUUCAAGGGUCUCUGCUGUAUCGUGACACACUCCACCAUGGGCCACAGAAACUAGGUUGUGGAGAAAAGGUUUCCACUUUAUUUAGUCUCACACUGAAAAUAAAAGUCAGAGUUUAAGGAUCCUUUUAAUUCUCAAAGCUGCAUCUAAGAGAAAAUAAACGUGUGUGUGUCAAACCAAGGUACUUGCAAGGAAUCCAGCUGCCCAUGCUGUAGACUAUUAAACAACACAGUUCUGUGGUAAAGCCUAAAAGCAGCCCCACAAGCCAGCCAGCAGCAGGCUCAGGGGGAGGGUACAGUGCCAGACUGCCUGGGGACACCAAGCACUCAUUUAACCACACCACAAAAAA